GGAUACAAAAGCCGGCCUUGAGACUGCUGUUUCAACCGACAUUUGCCCACGAUCCCGGGGCUUGCGACAAAGGCCGCAAUGGUCGACAAGUUUCCACUGGAGACCUUUGAUCAGGUAUUUUCAUUCCUGAGCACCGCCGACAUCUGCCGCGUCCGUCUCGUUUGCAAAACCUUUGCACAACUCGGCUCACGAUAUCUCUGCCCCAACGUCUAUACAGACCUGACCCCGGCAAGUCUGGCGAAACUCAGAUCCCUCUCCCAAUGCGAGAAUGUCGCCGUCAAUGUCCGAUCAUGGGAAUAUUGGCCAUUAACUGGGAAACAACCAAAGAUGUCCUAUGCCGAGUACCGGGAAAUUCUUGACUACAACCCCUAUGAAUCGCUCUGGGAAUCAUACCUAAAGUAUGGCGCCCUCGUCCGCGGUCAGGUAGCAAUAUUGGAAGCGGGAUACGACUAUGACACAUGUCUUCACGCCCUCCCCAGAUUUCCCAGACUCCGACAUAUUACCUUGAACUUCGGUCACCGCGACGACGAUUAUAUAUCGCCCUGGGCAUUUGAGCGCGCUAGGCCUCAACAUUUGGAUACGCUACUGCGUGUCCUCAAUCAGGCAGGUCAAGAAAUCCGACUGAGGACUCUCGUGGUCCGCGACCUAGACUGGCAUUUCUUCGACCGCGACGACUCUGCUCUUGCGCGACGACUCUGCUCUUGGAAUUCUCCUUGCACCUCUUGCAAAUAUCAAGAACCUGUGUUUCGACAUCAACGACUGUUACGUAGCGACAUUGGAUGACUCCUCCGGCGACGACUUCCGCGCAUGUCGCCAACUGAUGCGGACAGGUGUUCUUCGAAAAUGCCUUCCGGCACUGAAAGUGCUCGACGCUCUCGAAAUUGGAUUCCAGUAUUGAGACUCAGAGCCCGAGGAACUAGUUCGCAGUUGCCCGCUCCUUCAAAUCAUCCCCCCAGGCUUUACUUGGGAGUAUUUGAAGUCGUUGAGCCUCUGCCAUAUCGACUGCGACAGACACCAGAUGAUGCGAGUUCUCGUGCGGCACCGACAGACUCUCCGGUGUCUGUGUUUGAAAAAUGUCUAUCUACGGAACACUUAUUGGAUUUAUUUCCUCAGAGACAUCCAAAAGCAGAUCUACCUAACCAAGGCGUGCAUCUGCGGUUUUCUACAAGGAUGUCAUGAAGACUUGGAGGUGCAUCAAGAACCCCA